UAGAAAAGCUGAAUUUGUAGCCGUAAUGAGAGAAAAACAAUGGAAGAAAGCAAAGGAAGAGUGUGUGUAACAGGAGGAACAGGUUUCAUCGGUUCAUGGAUUAUCAAGACCCUCCUUCAAGAUGGUUACUCUGUUAACACCACUGUGAGACACAAUCCAGAACAGAAGAAAGAUGUUAGCUUUCUUACCAGCUUACCAGGAGCAUCUCAAAGGCUACAAAUUCUGAGUGCUGAUCUGAGCAAUCCAGAAAGCUUCAGUGCAGCCAUUGAAGGGUGUGUUGGAGUGUUCCAUGUUGCUACCCCAGUUGACUUUGAACAGAGAGAAGCAGAAGAAGUAGUGACCAAAAGAUCCAUUGAUGGUGCACUUGGCAUUUUGAAGGCAUGCCUGAACUGCAAGAGUGUGAAGAGAGUUGUUUACACCUCUAGUGCCUCUGCUGUGAUUUAUAGUGGCAAAGAAGAACAAGUGAUGGAUGAAAGCUCUUGGACUGACGUAGAUCUUCUCAGAGCUUCAAAGCCAUUUGCAUGGUCUUAUGCAGUUUCAAAGACAUUGACAGAGAAGGCAGUGCUUGAAUUUGGAGAACAAAAUGCCUUGGAUGUUGUGACUCUAAUUCCAUCUUUUGUUUUUGGAUCCUUCAUUAUUCCAAAGCUUCCUGGCUCGGUUCAUGCUUCAUUCAAAUUUGCAUGUGGAGAAGAAACUACAUUUGGUUCCCUCCUUGAGGUAGCUAUGGUACAUGUGGAUGAUGUGGCUAGAGCACAUAUAUUUCUGCUGGAGAAUCAAAAUCCAAAAGGGAGGUAUAAUUGUUCAAAAUGUUUGGUUACUUAUGAAAGGAUCUCUGAACUUGUUUCUGCCAAAUACCAAGAAUUUAAGCCAAAGACAGUAGACAAAAUGGAAGGUACAAAGAUACCAGAUUUAUCAUCAAAGAAGCUCACAGAUGCUGGAUUUGUGUUCAAGUAUGGAGUUGAGGAGAUGCUUGAUGAUGCAAUUCAAUGCUGCAAGGAAAAAGGGAUAUCUCUUAAGGAAUAAUAUGUAACCUUGUUUAUGUCAUGUAUGAGGAUGGAUAUCCAUAAAAUGAGACAAAAAUGAUCCAUCUGAAAAGUGGUUCAUGUUUGGACAUUAUGCUUUUGGGACCAUAAUAUGAUCUGUAUAGUAUUGCUUUAAUUUUGACAAAUUUAUGAUCA